ACGGCUUUUAUUCCGUAGCCUGCCGAGUUUCAGUACUGUAAUGCAGUUUGCUUGAAAUCCCUAAGACUAGCAUCACCUUUUCCUCUGCAAUUGGUGAAAACGCAUUUAUUGCUUUUUUAAAAAAAAAUCUUUUGCUUAAUAAAGUAGAUCGCGAUGACCAUCACGCAGAUAGAUCAAGGACAGCGGUACAGGCCAAGAAUGGCAUUCUUGAAAAAGUUGGAGGUUUUGUUGGUAGAAAUGCAAGAUCCACAAUCUGGCAUCAAAACGCACAUUCAGAACAUGCCGGAGGGCAGCAUGCCACAUACUGUGGUUGGUUGUGAUAUGUUGCAAUGGAUUGUGAAGCGUUUGGAGAUUACCAACGAAGAGGGGCUACAUUUAGGAAGUAUGAUUAUGAAGUAUGGGUACAUGUAUCCUCUUCAGGACCGAAAGAAUCUGAACCUCAAAGCGGACACCAGCCUCUAUCGAUUCCAGACACCCUACUUUUGGCCAACCCAGCAAUGGGGAACAGAAGAUACAGAUUACGCCAUUUACCUAGCAAAGCGAUAUAUUAAGAAGAAAGGAGCUUUAGAAGAUUAUGAAAAGGAACAUUAUAGCAUAUUGCACAAACGCAUCAACCAUAAGUGGGAUUUCAUUAUUAUGCAGGCCAAGGAGCAGUACAGCGCCGGAAAGGAACGAACGAAAGGAGACCGGUACACUUUGGAUUAUCAAGAGAAAGCCUACUGGCUGGUGCAACGGACUCCUCCUGGAAUGCAAGACACACUUGAUUAUGGGCUGGAUAGAGCGAUAGAGCCCUGUGAAAAUAAGGUAAACCAGAAAAAAACAAUUGAAGCAUAUAGGACAGAGAUCAUGUUCCUCCAACAGUCACUCAUGAAGACUGCAACAAAGUCAUCUGUCUCUCUGGGAGGAAUAGUGAAGUACUGUGAGCAGUUCUGCUCCAAUGACCCUAUAAUCUCAGGAUGCCUGCCAAGCAACCCUUGGGUUUCUGAUGAUGUGGAUUUUUGGGACCUCAAUGCAAAACUGGUAGAAAUCCCCACCAAGGCACGGGUGGAGAAAUGGGCCUUAAACUUUAGUGAGCUGAUGAGGGACCCCAAAGGACGUCAGAAUUUCCAGCUGUUCCUGAAGAAGGAAUUUAGUGGUGAGAAUCUGGGAUUUUGGGAAGCUUGUGAAGAUUUGAAAUAUGGAGAUCAAGCCAAAGCGAAAGAAAAAGCAGAAGAAAUUUACAAAACCUUCUUGGCCCCAGGAGCAAGACGUUGGAUUAAUAUUGAUGGCACCACUAUGGGCAUUACAGUCAGAGGCCUCAAAAACCCUCAACGUUAUGUCUUAGAUGCUGCACAGACACAUAUAUAUAUGCUCAUGAAGAAGGAUUCUUAUGGUCGCUAUUUAAAGUCUCCGGUAUACAAAGAAAUGUUGUCCAAGGCAAUUGUACCACAAGAAGUGGUUAAGAAAAGCUCUUACAAUCCGUUUGUCCGCAAGCACCUGCGCUCCAGUCCCAGCCCCAUCCUCUUGAGGCAGCUGGAGGAAGAAGCCAAAGCUAGAGAAGCCGCCACCAAUGUGGACAUCACCCAGGUUAUGAGCAAGCUGGAUCGCAGAAGCCAGCUCAAGCAGGAGGCCCCGCCUGCUAAAUAGGGCCCCAAUAGGGCUGGAGAGCCCAUGGCAGGAGAAAAACCACAGAGCCAGGAGGAGAAUGCUGGCUGUACGUAGGGCUGCAUUUCCGCCCCCUGGCCUGCAGGUGUCACUAGUGUUUCAUUGUUAGCAAUCCAUCUCUCUCUCUCCCCCUCCCUCCCUCUCUUUCUCUCUCUCCCCCCUAGCUUGCCUUCCUCCCAUCUACAGUCGGCUGUUGCCAUGACAUCGAGAACAGUGUCCCUUCAUCAGCCCUUGCUGAUGAUAGAAUCCUAGAAUAUAGGCGGCAAAAAAAAGUCCCUGUACGAGAAUGGCAGUGAUGCUUUUCAUAUCAGAUCAGCUCACUUUACACCAUGUUUUCUAUAAAUUCCCCUCCCACUUCUACAAACACUACAAAGUCUGGAUGCCAUGGCAACCAGCUGCCUAGCCUCUCUAUGCCUGUAAAUAACAAAGAAAAAGGGCUGAACAAUCCUAUUGUAAGACAUCAGCUAGAAAACGGAAUCUUCUUUCCAGAUAUCAAUUAUCUGGUCAUUGUCUAGAGAACAACUCAAGAAUUUGAUAAGGAGCAGACCCUGAGGAAGGAGACUAGUGGACACAUUUAAAUGAUGGUGCAUAACGCAGAUUUACUUUGUGAAUGAUUGAUAUAACCCCUUAAUAUCAUUUAAUUAUCUUUUCCUAUUCAGAAUGGUUCUAUAUUGACCAGCUGGCUUGUGCUUUACUUUCAUUUUAGAAAAUGUUUGCAGAUAAUGUACAAACUCUUUUUUAGGUUUCAUUAGAAUGUUCCACUUUAAUAAGCAAUAAUAGGAUACCAUCUUUCUUUGGGGCAGAUAUUUCAGAUUUCCUAAGCAAAUUAAAGAUCUUAGCUGCUCAGAUGCUUAAUCAUUUGCCUGAUGCCCAUUUAAAGGAAAGCCUUUAAUGGAUUUUUACAAUUCUACCAGACAAAUGUAUUCUAUAUUAGACAAUUCAUGACUUGUUGGGUCAAUAUUUCAUAAAUAUUUCCUUACCUAAACAGAGAAACAGAAUGACUAUAGGUGGGCAAAGAAUCAGCAGGAAAGGGAGUGUCUUUUGAUUUUCUACCAACUUCCCAUUACCUUCCUUGUGGGAAGCUGGCAAGGAGUGCUGGAAAUUGCAAUCACAUGAGUACAGCUGGCUGCAGCAGUGCAGGAAUAUGGCAGUACUGAGAUAGUCAUGACUUUGCCAAAUUUCAAUCACACGGGAGUUCUGGGUCCUGGAUUUUGGAUACAUACUUUAAGUUAGCCCAUUUGAUGUACGUUGAUUCAAAAAUUAUUACCUUAUGAUGCACUGUUUUGUGUAAUUAAAGUUACAAUCAGACAAGCAGGAGAGUUUUAGUGAUAUGAAUAAUAUUAACAUCUAUUACCAAAUUCCAAAGUUUAAAUACUAUUGUUUGUUUGGUGGAGAAGGGUUACUCCACUUAACCUCAUAUAAUGCAAUAAUGGAGUAUAAAAAGAAGCUUUCUAAUGUACAUAUAGGACCAUGCAAUAUCUGUUGGGCUUUUCUGGAGAACAGGGUUUUUUUUUAAUUUCUGAAUGUAUUAUAUUUACAUUAGUGUUCUAGUAAUCAAUUUUCCUGCUUAGCAACAUAAAUUCUGAUCCCAAAUGUCAUAAGAUGAGAAUUACUUGUAUAUGCCUGUCAUAGAGGUUUGACUGCCAUGUGUCUCAAAGCAGGCAGAGGUCAAAAGCCCUUGAAGUGAUUGGAAAUGCCAGAAGAAAUGUAUUUUUUUUUUCUUGGGUUCACUAUGAGCAACGUCAGCAAAACUUAAAAGCUUACCCAGCAGAAAGGUGAAGAUGAAUUGCAGGGCUGACCUUUGUUUAAAUAAUCUAUAGCUAUUAAUCAUAGUCAGUAUGUGCUUGAAAUAUUUCAGUAGUUUAUGAACAACUAAGUGGAAUUGAGGCUCAUACAAUUUCUCAGUAUGUUUCAUUUAUUUUCAGGAAGUUAGUUCAGUCACGCAGAUGCUAUUUCUAUCAUUUGAUCUAGCUGAGUGAGCUUAGGUUGACUUUCAGUUCUGACCUUUUUUGUCACUGCUUUUCAUCAUCGGUUGCAAAAUACAAGGAACGUUUGGGAAUCUCUGUGAUAUUGGCAGAACUAGAACACCAUCGUCAAAAAGGCCAUGAGAACAUACCAAGGAUGUGAUCUUAAAACAAUCCGAGGAGUGAUAAUUUCUGUUAGAUCAAAGAAAUCUAAAUGUAGCCCAGCAGCACUGCUGUAAUUUAGGCAGAGCUUCCUGAGACUCUCAACUUUGAAAAUGCAACUGUGGAGAUUAAUUAAAAUGUCUGUUUAGAAAGGUCAACACUCUAGCUACAUAAUGCACCAAAAUAAUCUGAAACUCUUUGGAGGUAACUUCAGGGUUCCUUAGAAUCUUUUCAGGGGUUCUUUAGUAAUACAUUAGUUAUUUAGAAAAUGUACAGUAUAUCCUAUGUUUGAAUAAAUUUUAAAGAAAACUAAUAAUAGAUUAUGGCCUCUGGCAUACUAUAACCAUGGGAAUUGCAAGCCACUCCAAUAGAGAAUAAAUCAGUCUGCAUUGUUCACAAGCCUUAGGCUGGAAGUCUCGGGCACAAGUGGGAGUCAGCUUCCCCAAUUAAGAAUAGUGAAGAAACCAAAUUCUAGAGACACCAUGCACAAAUACACAUUCCUGCUGAAGUAGAAGUAUCAAGGAAGGGACAUCCCAGUUUGCAAAAGCUUUUUGGCAUCCUGGUUUUUUUUGUCAUCUUCUAAGGGUAUAAUGCUAGAUUUUAGCUGUUCUAUCUAUCUAUCUAUCUAUCUAUCUAUCUAUCUAUCUAUCUAUCUAUCUAUCUAUCUAUCUAUCUAUCUAUCUAUCAUUUAAUUUCUGCAUCACCCAUUUCACUUAAGCGACUGUGACUUUUACAACAUCAUUAUAAAAACACAUGAAUAAAAGCAUAGAUUAAAAACAGGAUUAAGAACAAUGUAAAAAGUAUAGGUAGAAAUACAAAGCAAAGUUAAAAAUUGAAAAGGCUAAAAGAUUAACAAGGCAGGAAGAGUUUCCUCAAGCCAGCAGCCUUUCCCAAGGUUGUAUCAAGACUAUGUCAGGUCUUAACACUCAUCCAGAAAUAGCAAUAGCACUUAGACUUAUAUACCACUCCAUAGUGCUUUACAGCACUCUCUGAGUGGUUUACAAUGCCAGCAUAUUGUCCCCAAUAAUCUAGGUCCUUGUUUUGCUGACCUUGGAAGGAUAGAAGGCUGAGUCAACCUUGAGCCCUCUGGAUCAAACUCCAGGUUGUAGGCAGAGUUAGUUUGCAAUACUGUAUUCUAACAAUUGCACCACCAUGGCUCUACACCAUCAUGGAAAAACAGAAGAGUGGGGGUUCUCCUCACCUCUAGGCAGUGGUGGGUUGCUCCUGGUUCGCUCCGGUUCAGGAAAACCGGUAAUGGAAGCAGCGGGAGGCUCUGCCCACCCACCCAGACCUCAUCAAAAACGCUCUGCCCAUACGAAGCAAGCACCUGCACCCAUGUGCUACCAAUAGCAGUGAACCAGUAGUAUUGGGAUUUGAAUCCCACUACUGCCUCUAGGGGUAAGAUCAGGGGUGAAAUACUACCGGAUCGGACUGGUAGGUAGCAGAGAUUGGGUCUGGUUCGCCAAUCCAGUAGCAAUCGCUGGCUGGCCACGCCCCCGAACCAGUCCAUGGCCCGCAGUCCAGCCUUUGCAAACUGGACACCGGGAUACCGGGAAGGCAGCCCGCCACCUGCUCGCCCUUCGGUCAGGGUCCGGGGCCCAUUCCCCGAGGCACUGGAGCCGCCGCCUGCCCCAACCGGGUCAGGGAAUGCACCAUUCCCUGACUCCGGCCUUUCCCCGGAGCUGCUGCCCACUCACUGGCCACUCGCCGCCCGUUUGCCCUUCACCUUUGGUCAGGGCCCAGGGCCCAGGGCUGCCUCAUUCCCCUGAGACCUCUCCUUGAAUAUGCCACCGCUAUUGCUGCUUGUUCCAUGUACUGGCUGCGCAAGCGCACACAGUUUAUUUCAUUUAUUUAUCAACGGCAGGUUGGGUGUGCACUUGUGCUGCUGGCGCAUAGAACAAGGUGGCAUAUUCAAGGAGAACAACUCCAGUAACUUUUGGACACUUGCCUUUCCUGGCAACCAGCCGCUGGAGGAAAGUAAGUAUACGCCGCGUGGCGAAGGAAGAGCGGGCGGUGGCUCUAGGACAAGGCUGAUGUUGGGGAAUGGUGCAUUCCCCGACCCAGUUGAGGCAGGCGGCGAGCAGAUGGUGA